AUCAUCAGGAAACGCACAGAGCCGGACGGGACACAGAAAAGAUGGCGUUCACAUUCGCGGCCUUUUGCUACAUGCUCGCCCUGCUGCUCACGGCGGCGCUUAUCUUCUUCGCUAUCUGGCACAUUAUAGCAUUUGACGAGCUGAAGACCGACUACAAGAAUCCUAUAGAUCAGUGUAACACUUUAAAUCCGCUGGUUCUUCCAGAGUAUCUCAUCCACUUCUUCUUCUGUGUGAUGUUCUUCUGUGCGGCCGAGUGGCUCACCCUCUGUCUCAACCUGCCGCUGCUGGCUUAUCAUGUGUGGAGGUAUAUGAGCAGACCCGUGAUGAGCUGCCCUGGACUCUACGACCCAACGACCAUCAUGAACGCUGACAUCCUGGCGUACUGUCAAAAGGAAGGCUGGUGCAAACUGGCUUUCUAUCUCCUGUCAUUCUUCUACUAUCUCUAUGGGAUGAUCUAUGUGCUGGUGAGCUCUUAAACCGGACGCUGAAGGACACGGACCUGCAUGUACAGUAGACGACCAGACACUAUGAACUUAGUGCUGCAUCACUGGACCUGCUGGAGAGCCCCCCCCCCCCCCCGCUCAGCCACACAAGGCUCCAUUUCAAGCUGACGAACUCUCCAACCCCCCCCCACACACAGCGCAGAGUGUCAUUUCGGAAACAUUUAGCUCGUCUUAAGAGAGAAGGUCAUGGUCGAGGCGUUCUUUUCAUAGCAUUACAGUUUAAAAUUUUAUAGAAAAUAAGGACAAAACCUCAUCUACGGACAAGUUUUCUUUUUUUUCUUUUCUUUUUAAGGGUGUGGUGAUUUUUUUUGAUACUUGGGAUUUAAAUAAAGUUUUGUUUUCAUCUUGGUUCCCAGGUGAGAAUCUGAGCUGCAUUUGCUUUUUUCUGCCGAUUUAGUCGGAGCUUUUAGCAGCUAAUUUCCACCACGUGAUUCAUUGCCAUCGCUAAAACGGCAAAGUGCAAACCGGACUCCUGCUCCCAGAUGGAUACGGUCUUGAAAUGAACAUGAAGGUACAGAUAUGAACAUGAGGGCGGACGUGCAGUGGUUUAUCUCUUAGAGAAACGUGUUGAACUGGACAAUCGUUGUCACCACAUCUGUUUUCAGACUGUCUGAUGAAUAGCUUCCAUGUUUCAGACCCAUCGAUCACGUUGAGUCAUGUAAUCCCUGCUGAAGUUAUCGGUGAUAUGUUUUUAAGUGUGAGUCCAGAGUAGAAAGCAACGUGUGUGUGCGACCUGUGUUUGUGUAGAAUCAGCCCCCCCCCGCAGCCGUGCAUACAUUAAAAAAGUUCGACUCAACAGUUCUCAACUUUUUAAUUCUCUUGCUUUCUGCAUUUGAGUUUCUCUGAAUCUGCUCAUGUGCCAGACUGUCGAAUGGACCUUUAUCAAACUCCUCUUCUGUUCUCGUCUUUGUGCGUCUUGUUAAUUUCAACACCGAAUACUCCUCAGUGUUAGGAACGCCAAGUUUUAUUUAUUCAGUGUUUUUCAUUUUGUCUCCACGAUAUCAAACACUCCUCGGUGUUGCUCAUGUCAGGAACGAAGAAUCUGGAAAGUAAUCUCCUUUUAGAGUCGAGGCCGAUAGACUUCAUUUUACAGAAAUACAGUAUUUAUUGCCAUUUUUAAAUGUGUAAAUUUUUCAGGGAAAGGGAUAAAGAUCAUUUGUCACAAUGUUUUUAUGUAUUAGAUCCCAUUUGUGUCGCAUUCUAGGAAAUGACAACUUGAGUUUAUUUGAAUCUUAAUAAAUUCAUCCCACUCU